AUGGCGACCCCUGCUUCGCAGGCCGCCGAGGCGGUCUCGGCAAAGCCUUCUCCGCUCGAUCAAAAAGACGAUGAAGCUCUCGAGUUGGUUAUCUACAGCUGCAGAGAAGUCACUGUCUACAAAAUCCCGCCCCGAAGUCUCCAAGGUCACAGGGCAGAGAAUUGGACCGCGGCGAUGUGGAAGGGGCGCCUUCAGAUCAUCACAAAAGGCGGCGAGUGCGCAAUUCGCCUUGUCGACCCUUCCACCGGGGACCUCUUCGCUGCCUGUCCGCUGCCGGAGAAACACGAUGAAGCGGUUGAGCGGACGGUUGACAGUUCGCGCUACUUCGUACUUCGCCUCGACAACGGGGAAGGUCGUCGAGCCUACGUGGGCGUCGGAUUCGAAGAGCGCAAUGAAGCUUUCGACUUCACGUGUGCGUUGAACGACGAAGAAAGGCGGCGGCAUGCCCUGAGCGCGGAUUUGCCUGAGCUGGCGAGCAACGCUGCGGGCGCGAGUGCGCCUGCCGCACGAGAUUACAGACUGCACGAAGGCGAGAAAAUCCGCGUUCAGAUUCGCGGUAUGACCUGCAAGACGAGAGUGAGGCCUGCGGAAACGGAAAACGUGACUUCGGCCGCUGAUGGCGUGGCGGAGAGUCCGUCGCCGUUUUUUCCUGGCCUCCUGCCGCCACCCCCAGACAGCAAGCGCGCAGAGACAGAGCAUCCACGCGAACGGAUCUCACAGACUGCAGAGACCGCAGACGACUCCUUCGCCUUCGAGUUCACGGAGUUCCAGCGUGCAGCGGAUUGA